AUGUUCUCUCCACUUGGCCAUUUCAAGCAAAUAAACUGCCCUUUUUUUCGUAAGGAUCUAACAUGCCCGGCGAAAUACUGUAUAUUCAAGCAUGAGAACACCUGUGACAACAAUGGCGGCUCUUUUCCAAAGAUACAAGAAGAGACCUCGAAGGGCUUGCGGGAAAAAGCCCACGAAAGCCAACUUCUUUCAUUAUCAUCUAUUUGUCCAACAGCUCAGAUUCAAUAUAUUCCACCUUCUGCUACUACGGUUGUCAAAGAUAAUCCUAUCGCUAUUGAAACGAAUCUGCUCGCAAACAAAAUACCAAACGAUCCUUUUGAUGUAAAACAACCUGAGAAGCUACAUAAUAGUGAAAAGAAACCUUUGCAUUCCCCCAUAUCUGAAAGCUCGAGACCCGUAAAACGAACAAGAGAGGAGCCCCUAAAACCGACAACUGACAGUGAUAUCAAGAAUCAUGACUCAUUUCCUAUCAGAGUAAAGGAGAGAAGAGUUAUGAAUGAGCCUAUGGCCAUUCCGAACCCAGUGUACGAUUCGAAUGCUCCAGCGGGUCAUGAACUUAGAAAACGGAUGGUUCAUAUCUUUUACGAUGCUUUUUUGAAACUUGGAUAUGAUUCAAUUGAAAGCAAGGAGAAAUCUCUAGAGGAAGAAAAAAGUAUAUGCUUGUCCACGAAUAGCAAGAUGGUAUAUAGCUCUUCUUGUAAAGCCAAAAUCUUAGCCUUAAAGAAAUCACCACCGAAAGGAAUUUUAGAGAGAAGAGAAGAUGUCAGUGGCCUCAUUCCGAAAUUAGCUCAUUCGAAAGAGCAACUGGAGUUAUGGGGAUAUAAUUUUGAUCAAAUAAUUCCAUCUGUUCCGGCUGAUCCUUUGCGAGAAUGCGAUCGUUGUGGAACAAAAUUUGUGGAUCUUACAGGGCCUUGUAAAUAUCACUGGGGAAAGUUUUUUCGAGAGAAGGUUGGCGGAGAAAAAAUUCGCGUAUACACCUGUUGCGGAAUGAAAGAAGGAGAGGCGUCAGGAUGUACAAGCGAAGAGUUUCAUGUUUUCCGAUAUCAACAUUUACCCUACUUAGCAAGUGUUUCUCCUUACGUUAGUUUAUCGGCGGAUUGUCCAGGGAAAGAGAGAGUGUACUGCGCAUUGGAUUGUGAACUUUGCUACACGACAUUGGGAUUUGAGCUCGUUCACUUGACAGUGGUUGACAAAGAAGGGAUUUUAUUGAAUCAAUUUAUUCGACCUAAGGGAAAAGUUUUGAGUUUGAACACACGUUUCAGUGGAAUAACCAGUAAAACGCAACUGGAGUCUGGAAUAAGCAUGCCAGUAAUGUAUGAAAAGCUGAAACAACUGGGCAUUACUAGAAACACAAUCAUUAUUGGACAUGGCAUCGAAAAUGAUUUGCACGCCAUGAGACUCAUACAUGAACAAGUGAUUGAUACUGCUAUAUUAUACAAGCAUGAGCGAGGUCCUCCGUUCCGGUAUUCUUUGAAAUACUUGACGAAGAGGUAUUUAGGCAAGGAGAUUCAAACUGACACGCAUCAUAGUGAAGAAGAUGCGAUUGCUGCAAUGGAUUUGGUUAUUUAUUGGAUACAGAAGAUGCAAUCUAGAGCAUAG